UAUCAUAGCAACGGGAAAACGGUAAACAAAAGCCGGAAAAUUGUAGAUCACAGAAUGAGGGCUUCUUCGAUAUAGAAAAAAGGUUGUAUUUGGGGAAAUGUCUUUCGAGAAGAUACUCUACAAAUACGAGGAUCCGCACGGCAUCGGCGACGUCUACUUCAUCUGGCAAAAGGCUUUGCUUGCGACUACUGGUACAGAUGGGUCUGUGGCGCUGUACAAUCGCCAGGGACAACUGGUACAGCGCAUAAUCCUCGCAGGGCUCUGUUCAGGAUUUGCAUGGGACAAUGAGGGGGAUCUGCUGGGAAUCAUCACCAGCGGCUCCCCGAACAUUACUCUCUGGGACUAUGGAACGCAGGAGAAGAUCAGCGUUGAAACUGGACUGCGCGAUCCCCUCACGUGCAUUUUGUGGUCAAAACAGCACCAGCUGUUGGCCGUCGGCACGGGGCGAGGAAACUUGGCGAUUUACAACCACCGCAGUGGAAAGCGUCCGACCCCAGUGCUGGGCAAGCACAGUAAGCGAAUAACCUGCGGCGCCUGGUCGGCACAGAAUCUGCUCGCGCUUGGCUCGGAGGACAAAAGCUUUUCGUUAAGCAACGAAGAUGGGGACACCGUGCGUGUGGUCCAGCUGCGGGAUGCACCCACCGAUAUGUAUUUCGCUGAAAUGGCGAAUGAUGAUCGGAUUGCUGGGGACAAUGCAAUCAGCAUGAUCAUUGGAAAGCGAACCUUGUUUCUCUACUACUUACCAGAUCCGGAAAAUCCCACAGAGCUGGGCUUUCAGAGUCGCUACGGCUCACUGCUGCAGCACAAAUGGUUCGGGGACGGCUAUAUAUUGCUGGGAUUCUCCAACGGCCAUGUGGUGGCCAUUUCCACCCACCCCAAGGACGUGGGACAGGAGCUUUGGCAGGUGAAGAAUCAUAAGGACACGCUGACGGGCUUGGCGUAUUGCCCGACAUUGGAUAUCGUGGCUUCUUGUGGAGAUGACAGCAGCAUAAAGAUACACUCGAUUACAAAUCUGCAAGAAACCGAGCGCAUCAUCACUGUGCCAGAUCAUGCUGGCGUCCAAAUGAUCGACUGGUCACCGGAUGGUCAACUGCUGGCAGUAACAACUAAUAGUGGCACCGUCUAUAUCUAUGUAACCAAACUCCCUCAAAUAUUUGCCGUCUCCGCCCCGCGGAUCGUUAUGCUCAGCAGCCUGGCAGAGGUUUCCAUUUAUGUGUAUGCGCCGGACAAGUCCAAGCCACUGCCCUUUCGGUUGCCCCUGGAGGGAGAGCCUACUUUUAUAGCUGUUGGCCCCUAUAACUUCGCUGCUGGGAUCGACAAGCAUGUUUGGUUCUACUCUCUGGGAAUGUCAUUGGGGGAAGAGCCUCGUCCGAUGAGCGAGCGAGACUUCCCGCGUAAUGUGUCAAGUAUGAAGAUGAAUGCUGAGUACUGUGCAGCCCUCUGUCCACCUCAGUUGAUCCUGCAGGCUAUCACUGCAGACAAUCCAAAUUGCAAGGACAAGCUUCAGGCGACUUUUCCCAGCGCCCUGCCGAACAUGCCCAACGAUGCAGUGAUCACAUGUUUUGCCUUGAGUCAGGAACUGUUGGUAUUUGCAACCGAUAUAGGACAUCUAGUAUUCUACUCGCUGGAAAAAUGGGACAGUUGUACCAUCUACCGGCAUAGCAUGGGUAUUCGCCAGCUGUUUAUGGACAUUGAAGGAACUAAGAUCGUUUUUAUUGACGACCAUGCUCAAGGAUAUCUUUUCCUACCCGCACUGGAGGAGGCCUUGCUCAUACCGGAGAUUCCAAAGCAGUGCCUCGGCUGCCUUUGGGAUCUCACGCAGCCGAACAUUUUCAUUAGCUACGAUGCCAGAAUUGUGAACACCCACGUAUUUGUACGCCAUUCCGUGCAGGGCACUCACACCCACAAAGUGGGCGAGUCCAAGCUGAAUCCUGGGCAAUGGCCGCUGCUACUAUGCGGCGGCGAAAUGGCUCUCCACGUGGACGGCGGACAGUACGCUACGCAAUCCCUCAGCACCCAUGUGGUGAAUCCUAGCAAUAGCCAGGCGGCGAACCUCCAACUGCUUCUACGCCUCAGGAAUUAUGACGAGGCGUACAAGCUUUGCGAUCAGAUGAACUUGAGCAGCGCAUGGCGAGAGUUUGGCGAACAGGCCACUGCUGAUCUAGAGCCAGAUAUUGCGAUUCGGGCCUAUCGACGAUUGGGCGACGCAGCUCUGGUAAAUGCGUUGAGUGAGCUCCGAUAUGUGGAGGAUCUGGACAUGCUGAUCGGCUGCUGCUGCACGAUUUUGGCUCAGUACGAGCAGGCAAAGGAACAUAUGCUCAAGGGCGUAUAUACAAGAGCGGCUCUGGAACUGUGUAGAGACCUCCUCCAAUGGGAUCAGGCUCUUCUUCUGGCGCACAAGCACGACCCGCAAGAGGUGCCCUACAUAGCGAGGGAAUACGCGCAGCAGCUGGAAUUCACUGGUAACUAUGCGGAUGCCUUGUAUCAUUACGAGAAGGGUUACAAGGAGGAUUUAAUUAACGACAAGGAUGCCGAUCAGUCGGCUACGCUGGAAAGUACACCUGAGUUCGAGGAGCAUGUACGUCUCUGCAAGAUGGGCAUUGCUCGAACUUCAAUACGUGCCGGUGAUUUUAGACGAGGCAUUCAAUAUGCCGUGGAGCUCCUGGACAAGCAGCUCCUCUUCGACUGUGCGGAGUUAUUGGCUACUGUCGGACAUCUGACAGAGGCUGCGGGACUCUAUGAGCGUGGAGGGUUUUACGAUGAGGCCUGCGGCCACUACAUUGCUCUGAAGAUGUGGCAUAAGGCCAACAAUGUACUUUCCAAGGUGAAGAGCAGUAAAUUGCAUGCAGCCUAUGCCAGGGCCAAGGAGAGUGACGGCCAUUUCGAAGAAGCCAUACGGUGUUAUCGCAUUGCCGGAGAUUUGGAUGCUUGCGUUAGGAUUUACCUUGAUCAUUUGUGUGAUCCGCAUGCAGCCUCGGAAAUUGUCUUAGAGUCACGAUCGAUGGACGCGGCCAAACUGCUGGCCAAGUUUUAUCAGAAGAUUGGAGAUAUUGAACAGGCUCUUCAGUUUCUCGUUAUCUGUGGCUGUGUGGAGGAAGCAUUUGCUCUGGCCCAGCGGCACAACAAGCUGCGCCGACAUGGCGAACUCCUGGAACGCUAUGAAAACGCGAAAUCCUCCGACUAUCUGGCCUUGGCUCACUACUUUGAAAGUGAGAAAUAUACAUUGCAGGCUGGAAAGUAUUACUUUUUGGCACGUGAGUUUACCAAGGCCUUGAGGUUUCUGCUAAAAGCCUCUGCGUUCAACAAUGAGGAACAGCUGGCACUCUCCCUGGCAAUUGACUGCGUGGCUACAUCGAACAACGAGCAGCUUGCCUCGCAACUCAUCGAGUUUCUCUUGGGUGAGGUGGACGGGGUUCCCAAAGAUCCACGCUACCUCUUCCGCUUGUAUAUGGCUCGAAAGCACUAUAAGGAUGCGGCCAAGACAGCCGUGAUAAUUGCCAAUCAGGAGCAGAUCGCAGGAAACUACAAAUCCGCCAGGGACCUCCUUUAUUCAAUGUAUCAGGAACUGCGACGCAACAACCUAUCUGUAUCGGCCGAAAUGCGGCACAACUUGAUCCUGCUGCACCGUUACACGCUGGUCCGCAUACAUGUAAAGCUGGGUAAUCAUCUCCUGGCCGCCAAGCUGCUGGUGCAAGUGGCUGCUUGCAUAUCCCAGUUCCCAGAGCAUAUUAUACCCAUUCUCACCUCCACGGUAAUUGAGUGUCAGCGGGCGGGUCUCAAGAAGUCUGCGUUCACCUAUGCCUCCACGUUGAUGCGUCCGGACUAUCGCAAUCAACUGGAUACUCGUUAUGCAAAGAAAAUUGAAUCUGUGGUCCGCAAGGCUCCAAAGGGCAUUAAGCAGUUGCGUGAUGAGAUAGACGAUGAGACCAUGGAGUGUCCCAUAUGCGACUCCAACUUGGCCAAUAUGGAAGUAACGUGCUACAGCUGCAAGACCACGCUACCCAUCUGCAUAGCUACGGGUCAGCACAUCAUCAAAACGCUCAUGACCUCCUGCCCACAAUGCGAUUUUCUCUGCUUCCGUGCCGAGAUGGAAAAAAUACUCUCUGAGAAUGGCGAAUGCCCCAUGUGCGGGGAGCAAGUGGCUCCAGAGCAACUGCUGGAUGUGGAGGACAUACGUCCAUACAUCCUGGCGGCAUCUUAAGAUGGAAUGAAUACAGGACUUGAAUAAACGAAUAGACUGCACAGCACCACAGAACACCAAAUAAUAGAUUUAAGUUGCAAGCACAAAUCACACUUUAUAAAUCACAAGACGAAACGUGUAUAAAUAAAUAAGCAGACG